CGUAAGACUAGCCCGAUUGGCUAGUAUUAUGUUAGGGCUUCGGGAUGUAACAUCAUUUUGAUCUUCACAUCGAGCAACGAUGUUGCUUAGCACUGUUGAUCUGAUCUAAAAUUUCAGUAGUCGUCAAGGGGUCUCCUUCAAUUGAAAUUCCAGAGUCAUAUUUGCUGGUUCAAGUUCCCUGGGAGUGAUAGCCGGUGUUUGCAGUCUCCGAUUACAACGCAUGGCGCGUCUAGUACUUAUUGGGUACUAUCUCUGAUGAAUGUCGAAUGAAAUUUUGCCUUUGGCUGUGCAUGCACAGUAUCGGUUACUAAAUUAAUACCAAUGCCCUAUCGAACAUCGUAUUUAAGUAAUGCUCGCAGGUGUAUCGCUCCAUUCAGGACUUGCGAGCAGGUACCACGAGGCGCAUACUGAAUACCGAUCUUAUCCUGAUAUGUCUUCCCUAUCGAUCUCAGACCUGACAAAGUUGCAGACGGUCAAGUACGUCAAUUGUGAGUUGGGCAGUCUUGCAAUCUUCGCAUUUGAUUUUUGCAUUACGUUUUCCGAAGAGGUGCGAUGGACUUGGUUCAGACCAUGGGAUGUAAUUCGUGUCAUAUUUGUCAUUUCUCGAUAUUUACCUUUCGCGGGUGUCGGAAUGAUGGCAUAUGACGCAUUGGGUGUCAGCAAUCAGUGUACCUCUCUGGAAGGAAACAUCAUUCAUGUCACAGGUAUCGUUGCUGCGGAAGCAUUGCUGGUUAUUCGGACCUGGGCAUUCUGGCAAAAGAGUAAAAGAUUGCUGAUUGGAAUAUUGGUCUAUGUCGUGUUGUCAAUUGCCGCCAGCCUUGCUGUAUUAAAACUUAGCUCUACAAUGCUAAUUCCAGGAGGAACUUGUUACUUCGAGAUCACACGCAAUGAUGCAGUCGAAUACAUAUUCUUGGCGAUGUUCGAAAGCAUGAUACUGACCCUUACUGUAUAUAAGAGGUUUCACGACUUUAAAAACUUUCAGAGCGGAAUUGUAGUAACCCUGUACCACGAUGACGUGUUUUACACGUUGUGCAUCCUCGCCGUCACACUCGCCAAUGUCAUCGCAGGAGCUGCACUUCCAAGCGCCUAUAGCGAUAUGUUCGACACGCUACAGGUGGUCAGUCACAGCGUUCUGGCAUCACGAAUUCUAUUCCGUCUUCGACAUAGCAACGAACGUGUCCAGGAACCGUCCACGUCAGUAGCGAUGAUGGAAUUUACAGAUUAUUUACCACCUCCGUCAAUGCCGGUGAGUGGGACGGCUACUACCAGUCAAGUUUGAAGAAACGCCAACGAUACUACGAGACCGGAGGGCUGAGGGGAUGAACGAAAUGGUAAUUCGUUCCCUUGUUUUCUCCGAGCCUGGCUGCGGUGUCUAUUCUUAUGCGACGUGAUGAUAACUCUGCAUCAUGUACUUCCGCAA